AUGUCCAGCUUUGUAGCCUUCUUCUCUGGGGCGGAUAAGUACGGCCGCUGGGUGCCGGACAGCGAGAUCACAGCAUCUGCAUACCUGGGUGGCGCCACAGUCGACUUCUCCCAGGCUUUGUUCCAGCACCCAGUUAUGACUCUCUCCAGUACGGCCUUCAUGGGCAGCGUGACCAUCAUCAUUCCCCCGGGCAUGCUGGUUGAGCAAGAUGGCUCAGCCAUCUUUGGGGGCUUCGGAGACUGUGGAGGCAUCUGGUCCAGCAGCCAGAGCUCCGGGCUCGCGGGAAGGGCUCCGGUGACGCUCCGCGUGGUGGGCACGGCCAUGAUGGGCCGGGUGAACGUGGUGGUGAACCCCAGGGCCCCGCCAGCCCAGCUGCUAAGCCCGGAGGAGGUCUCGCGCAUCUUGCGCGAGGUCCCGGCGGCCCCCUCCACGACGGUGUCCGACCUCCUCAGCGAAGCCCUGCAAGGGCAGUCUCUUCCACAGGCGGGAGGCAACUUGCCGCAGCCAGACCCGAGGCAGGCGCUCUUGCAAGGCGUCCUGGCAGCCAAUGCCCACGAUCCGAGGGCUGCGGCCCUCAGCGCCGCCCUGAACGGCGGCGCGGCGGCACCCACCGCAGCGCCGGCUGCGCCUGCGGUGGGCGUGCCUGCGGCUGGGGCCUCAGGCCCUGUCGUACAGGGUGUGCCGGUGGAAGGCUCCAGUUUGAAGGAGCUGGACUGA